GUCAAUAUGACUUUUUGUGCUAUGCCAAAGGCAUUUUAAUUUUAAAAAUAAAUGUGCGCAAUACUUUAUUACCGAAAUUAGUUAAACUUCUUAAUCAUUAAAAAUGCUGUUAAGAAGUUUUCGACAAGUAGGAGAAACAUUUAAAAGAAAUCCACUAUUUUUAAGUGUAAGAAAUAAAGCUGCAUAUGAGGGUGAUGGAAAAACAACAGUAAAAAUCUUAAACCAGGACCAAGACCUAGGCCUCAUGAUAGAUGCAUAUGGAAGCUAUGGUUUUCGAAUUAACAAUGGAAUCACAGUGUUAGGACCAAUUGCUAUAUUUCCUAGGACAAUAUUGUCGUGGCAAAUACGUACAUCGAGUGAAAUCAACGAGGCUUCACUUCGGUUUUUUAAGCUUUUGGAACCUAAGAUUGAUUUAUUGAUAAUAGGCUUAGAAACGAAUGAUAGAAAAGUUAUAAAUUCCGUAUUCAAGGCGUCAAGGGAAGCAAAACUGAAUGUUGAGAUAUUGCAAACCGAGCAUGCUUGUUCCACUUUCAACUUCUUAAACGCAGAGGGGAGAUCGAUAGCCGGAGCUCUACUGCCUCCCCUCCACAUUGAUAUGAAUGAAAAUGAUAUGUUGCAAACCAAACUGCACUAUCAAAAUGUUUUCGAGAAAGGUCUCAAUUAAAACAUCCGUAUAAAUGUCAACAAGAUAUAAUAUAUAUGUAUGACGGCGUGGUAUUGAUCACGUGGCGCAAUUCGUUUCGGAGCCGUUAUCAGACAUGUUAUAGACGCAAAGUAAAAGUUCAAUCUCGUACAACUGUUUAUUUGUUCGCUUACAAUCGAUAAUUACAAAAUAACAUUUAACCACGUCGAUUAAAGUGGUUGGACACGAUACAAGACGACGACCGUUCGCCCCGGAGUCCCUUCCCAAGUCCCUCGCACGAGAACGUUCAACAAACUUCAAGUGUCCGAUGUCAGCGGUGCUAUACCGUGGAGGUGUACGCUCGCACUGCUAUCCGCCUUUGCAAAUAGCGAGCGAGCGAGCUUGCGGACGAACUCCUCCACGGUGGGCGUCCUGGUGUCUCGGUGGAUGACGUCAUUCCUGACGUACCUCGGAGCUCCUACAAUCAUUCGCAGGCAUCGGUUUUGUUGGAUCUGAAUCCUCCGCUUCUGGUACGCUGAGCAGAGUGCGUACCAGGCGGGGGCCGCAUACGUCAGGCGCGAGCGGACGUAGGCACCGUAGACCCUCAGUCUGGUCUUCAUAGGAAGCCGCGAUGUGAAAAGGGUGUACAACUUAGACCGGGCAGCCGCGGCAUGACUCACCACCUUGUUAACGGUGGGUAUCAAGCGCAGCCUGCGGUCCAAGUGACACCCCAAGUAACAGACUGAGGUCUGCCACUCCACGUCCUGGCCUCGGAAGGUGAGCCGACGCAUCGGCUUUCGACCUUACUCAAGCGUACUACUUGACGUUUCCGAGAACCGCUUAUAGAUGGCGUUGUACUCAAAUUAUGGCGUCUUAUCUUUGAUUCUGCGACAUGUGGUUACCGCACGAUUCAUUCAUCUCAUGUUCUACCGAAUAAGCAAUACUUAGUAUUGUAGUCUACUGGUAGUAUCCAGUAUACUACCAGUAGACUACAAUACCACCACAAAGGAUAUAAUACUGUGUGAUAUUUUAACAGUGCCAUGUUAAAUAAAAAAAAAUUCAUUGUCUGUGGUCAGUUUAUAUUGAAUUCAUUUUGAUAGUGACAUCUCUAUUAGUGACAUUACAUAGUAAUGUCAUCAAUUAUUUAAUAUUCUCAACAAUAUAAUUUUUCAAUCGGAAGGAAUUUUCCUGUUGCAGAAAUGCUGCUUAGGGAUUAUUAGGGUUAAAUUUAUUAAUUUAUUUCGUUCAGAAUAGUUUUAGCAUAGAUAAUUAUAAAUAUAAAUUAUUUCACAAAUGAUAUUAAAAAUAUUGUACAAUAUACGUUAUGUAAAUAUUACGUUAUACAGUGAAAUAUAGUUUAUUAAAGUAUU